AAAUUGUACUUGGCAUAACGUUGACUUGUUGGACAAUAUGGACUGGAUUGUGUUCAAUGGCUCGACGAACACUGUCGACACGGGGCCUAGCUCGGAUCAUACAUUUGGUAACAGUACUGGCAAAUUCCUCUACCUCGAGUCCAGCGCCCCAAGCAAGGAAUGUGACAAAGCCUGGUAUCAGAGUGGCAUCAUACAGCCCGGUUUUUACGCUCCUGUCUGUGUUCAAUUCUGGUAUCACAUGUAUGGUGCUGAUAUCGGAAGUCUCAAUAUAUACAUUGCUACUGGUUCCCAGCUCCCAGGUAAAUUGCUGUGGACUGUAAGUGGGAACCAGGGAGAUGUCUGACAGUCUGGACAUGUACUUUUGAGCUACACUUCAAAUAUUUCGGUAAGAUUUUAUCAUAUUAUUAUAUGACUUCGAGUAAGACGAAUUCACUGCAGUUAAUUAAGAAUUUAAAUGAUAUGAACUUAUUCUUUUCCGGUUUCUUAAA